UGAACUCCAGACAAAUUAGCAAGUUUAGUAACACAAUUGAGCGCUUCAGUCAAUAAUGCCAUCUCCAAUUCCAGUUACGCGGUUACUUCCCAGAGACUUUGGGGUAUCGGUGGAGCUAGGGGCGUGCAGCAGCCCACUGAUCAAGUAUACCGCCGGAUCCACGUUAGCGGUUCCAACAAACACAUUCCGCAACAAAGUUACCAGCAGACUCUGGUCGUCCGUCAUUCACUGGAACGAGCUCCACAGUUUAGUGCCUCUUGGGUCUGGUGGGUUCGGUUCAGUUUACAAAGGUCUGUACUUUGACGAAACCGUCGCCGUCAAAAAGGUGAAGAGAUGUACAAAGAACAGGCUGGCGUCCAGGCAGAGUUUCUGGGCAGAACUGAAUGCCGCGCACCUGCGCCACAAAAACCUGGUCCGAGUAAUUGCGGCCAGCACAUACAUUCCAGCUGAUCAAGAGAACGCUGAUAACAUUGGUACGAUAAUAAUGGAAUUUGCUGGAAGCAGGGAUCUGCAGCAUGUUAUCUACGGGGGUGUGGAGCCACUGGUAGAAAGCAGGUGCAUGAAAUACUCAAUCGACAUAGCUCUAGGUCUAGAGUAUCUGCAUGCACACAGCAUAGUACACCUAGAUGUGAAGCCUGCCAACGUGAUCGUAUCCGAUACCGACGUGUGCAGACUGGCUGACUUCGGUUGUUCGCUGAAGCUUGAGUGUUCUGGAGAACUGAGCCCUCUCAUACACCACCUUGGCGGUACAUAUACACACCGGGCGCCCGAACUGUUGAAAGGUGAAGAAGUUACCUUGAAGGCUGAUGUAUACUCCUUUGGCAUCUCGCUGUGGCAGCUCAUUGCCUGUGAACUGCCGUAUGAAGGUGACCGCCAAUGCAUCCUUUACGCGGUUGUGGCUUAUGAUUUACGGCCACCUGUUAACGGGAAUAUGUUUAGAGACUCGACUUUCGGACAGACGUCUAAAGCUCUUCUGAUCAGGUGCUGGAACGCCAAACCAAACCAAAGACCAACUGCUGAGCAACUUGUCACAGAGCUGAAAAAGAUGCAAGGCUGAAGAAUUCCCCCACCCCACGCACGAACGUGCAAUAUUCUCUACAAAUGCCUUCCAUCGAAAUGGGAUGACCAAAUAUUAAUAAAUAAAAUAUUAUUCUGCGAAGGGAUUUCAUGAGAAUUAUAGCAGGCUACUUCCCCUAUAUUAUUUUUUAUUUUAUUUUGUACCUGUUUUACUGUUUUGCAGGCGUCCCUGAACUUCCCAGACUGUUGGCCACCAGAGCGCGCCACUGACUUUGCAGUCAUGUUAAAUGUUUCUAACAUAAAUGUUUCUAAAUGAUUGUGCUGCUUUACUUUUACAAUGUAUGCACAACUGUAUGUAUUUUAAGGGUAUUGAUUAAAAAUAUUUAAAAAUCACACUCACCUUACCUUCUUUGACACAGACAUGGCAUAGAAGUCUGCGACACACGCCAAACUCAUUGGU